AUGAUUGAAACAAAAUGUAAAAAUCGGCCAAAGGGGAAAACUAGAGAGUCUGCCCUUGAGAAAACAAAAUUAUAUUAUAAAUCAGAUAAAUUGAGAUCGUCGAAGGGCUCGGAAGAGUCCGACAGCUCGUGCUGCGAAAGUAUAUCGAGCACAAGCACGUCAUACACAGUAAAUAACACUAACAACCAACAUGGAAAGGAACAAAAAAUAUCAAAAAAUAUAAAUAAUAAAAGAAGAAAUGAAGAUUAUGCGGUAGAGUUGAGUGGUGAUUUGAAUACAAUAUACGGAAUUGUUAGAGACUUGUACGACCAAGAGAUACUACCAACAAUACACGAAAUUAGAAGAAAACUAACUAAGUAUGAAAACUUAGCAAUAGACCCGCAAAACCUACUAAAAAUGUGCUCAAAGGACAGCAGGUACGAGAUCAUCAAGCUGGACAGCACGACGAAAAACGCCAACGACAUACAGAACCUGUGGGCAGUACUGAUUAGGGACAGCCCAUUCAAGGACUUCAGCUGCAAUGUGGACGAGGAGCUGCUUCAACUGGUGUCGAACUACCUAAUACUGAUAUCCUCCUACAGGUAUAGCAACGUGAGGGAGUCAGAAGGGGGAGAGUGUGCAGUUAAGAGAACAGCCAGCAUAACGGAGGACAACGAGGACAACCACGUCUGCGAAAAGGACGUCGUAAACGUGCCAGCGGAGGACAUAUUCAAGGUGGGCGGAAGGUACCUGUUCGCGGAGCACCUGAAGAACAACGGCCCGAGGAGAUUAAGUAAUCUGCCCUUGGGAAAAAUCUUAAAAAUCGUGCAGAGGCUGACUGAAAUCGGAGUCCUGGUCUACAGAGGAAACUUCCUGGUGCCCGUCGUUAACUCGAAGUCGGCCUCAAACAAGUUCAUACUUAACCUGACGAAGAGCUAUAACCAGAACUGCCUGUCGAAGGUGAGGGAAAACUUUAAGAGCAUGCUGAGCGGGGGCGCCAAGGUCGCAAUGAGCUCAGUGCCGAUCGUCUACAAGACGAGGUUCGGAGAGGACCUGAAAUACGGGGAGAUGGGCUACGAGAAGCUGUCAGACUUCAUCAAGACCGAGAUCCCGUGCUGCAGGAUAGCGAGGAAGGCGAACCAGUACAUCGUGUACUUGCCUGAGGACGACGAGGAGGAGGCCCAGGGGGCACCUGCUCAGAGUCCAGGCGGCCAGAGAAUAGAGUCACAAGCGCGUUUAAACAUGGCCCAUACCACGCUCCUGUACCCCCUCAAAAUAACAAGAAUUAAGUAUGCUUAA